AUCGCUGCUGUCACACACACAUACACAUCGUGAUGGCUGCCGUGUGGCGAGCUCGUAAAUUUGCCCGCUGCGUCGUCCGCUUCUCCGAUCGUGAUCUGUAAAAUAUCCACAGAAAGCACGACCUUAAACGAGACACUAAAAGAGUCCGCAGAAUAAGCUGCUAUGGCUGAAAGCAACCAAAAUACUGAUGGCACUGUUGAAGAUGGAGAGGAUGAAAAUACUGAGGAUUCUAAUCUGCAAAUGGAGCUCAGUGCUUUUCGGGCCAAGUGGAUGUCUGAGCUGCAGCCCAGCUCAGGGGGACAGAGGAGCUUCUCCAGAAACGCUGAGCUGAGGAGGAGGCAGGAGACCGCUAAAGAGGAGAAGGCCCGAGAGCUGUUCCUGAAGGCUGUGGAGGAGGAACAGAAUGGAGCCGUUUAUGAAGCCAUCAAGUACUAUAAGAGUGCAAUGCAGCUGGUGCCGGACAUCGAGUUUAAGAUCAACUACAGCAGAACUCCUGAUCCGGAGCGGGGAGGCAGCUACUUGGAGAGCAGUGAGAAUAAUCGUGAGAUCGACGACCUGCUGACGUACUUCCAGCAUCAGCUGACUUUGGGCAACGACACAAUGAAGCUGUGUGAGCAUGAGACGGAAACCUCACAGGUGCACAUAUCAGCUUUGCCUUUUGAGGUGCUGAUGUAUAUCUUCCGCUGGGUGGUGUCAUGUGACCUGGACCUCCGAGCAUUAGAGCAGCUCUCUUUGGUUUGCAGGGGUUUCUACAUCUGUGCAAGGGACCCUGAGAUUUGGCGCUCUGCCUGUUUGAGAGUUUGGGGACGGAGCUGCACUAAAAUGCUGCCCUUUUCAUCCUGGAGGGAGAUGUUUUUGGAGAGGCCGCGUGUGCGCUUUGAUGGUGUUUACAUCAGUAAAACCUCGUACAUCCGCCAGGGGGAGGAGUCUCUGGAUGGCUUCUACAGGGCUUGGCACCAGGUGGAGUACUACAGGUACCUGCGCUUCUUCCCUGACGGUCAGGUGAUGAUGUUGACCACACCUGAGGACCCUUUGGUCACCGUCCCACGACUGCGCAGCAAGAACUCCAGGAUGGAUUCUGUCAUGUUUGGCCAUUACCGGCUGUCCCAGGAUACGGACAAUCAAACCAAAGUUUAUGUGGUCGUCUCCAAGAGAAAAGAAGAGCAGAAGGUGUCUGAGUACCAGAGGAGCCGGUUCUGCAGGCGGAACCCAGUUCCAGAAGCGGAGCGCUCCUUUCAUGUGGGACUGCAGCUGUCCUCCGGGGGGCGCCAGCGCUUCAACAAACUGGUCUGGAUCCACCACUCCUGCCACAUCACCUACAGAUCUACUGGAGAGACUGUUGUCACAGCAUUUGAUGUAGACAAAAUGUACACGCCGCUGUUUUUCGCACGAGUGAAGAGCUACACAGCGUUUUCCGAGCGUCCGCUGUAGGACGAGCCGAGAGAUGCAUGCAGAAAUAACCCUGGACAACCCUGCCGCUCCAUCUGCUUUAACACAGCCGCUUUCUCAUGAAUGUACCACUAUCCCACAGUCUUAAAGAGACAGUUUACCCAAAAAUACAAAUUCUGUCAUCAUUCCCUCAUCCUCUGCUUGUUUAAAAGAAGAUAUUCGGAAGAAUGCAGGAAAAAAAACAGUCAUUGACUCCCAUAGUAUUUUUAAUUCCUAUUGAUGUCAAUGGCUGCUUUUUUCCCUCAACAUUCUUCAAAAUAUCUUCUUUUGUGUUCAACAGAAGAAACAAAUAAAACUUUAAAAGAAGAUAUUCUGAAGAAUGCUGGGGAAAAUAAACAUCAGUCAUUGACUCCCAUAGUAUGUUUAGUUCCUACAAUUGAUGUCAAUGGCUGCUUUUUGUUCAACAUUCUUCAAAAUAUCUUCUUUUUGUGUUCAACAGAAGAAGCUAAUAAUCGUUUCGAACCAUUAAGUGUGAUUAAAUUAGGAUUUGUUUGAGUGAACUCUCUCUUUAACAGCAGCUCAAAGAUCUGUCACUCUCUUGUUGUAUAGAUGAAGAGAUAAAAUAUAUAUAUAUAUAAGAUUGUCUGUAAGACGUUAUAAGUCAACUGUGAUGAAUGUUCCCCCUGUUUUUGUGAAUUUCAGUGAGGGAUGAUGUCUACUGAUGACUGGAACACCCAAAUAAAACUGCUAUAUUGCA